CUCCAACAGAACCCCAUCACCAUGGCCAUCGUCUCCCCGCAGCCGGUCCCGCCGGACCCGACGACGGGCAGUAUGACCUCGUCCGUCUUGCCGCCAGGCAGCAUUGCUCGCGCCCUCCCCGAUCAGGUCCCCGAGAACGCGCCUGCGCACUGCCCUGGCACCGAGUCCGAAGACGCCGGCAAAGCUUCGGCCUGCGCUGGCUGCCCCAACCAGUCGACGUGUGCCUCGACGCCCAAGGGGCCCGACCCUGACCUGCCGCGAAUUGCUGCACGGAUGUCCAAGGUGCGGCGCAAGAUCCUCAUCAUGUCUGGGAAAGGUGGCGUGGGCAAGAGCACCUUUACGGCCCAGCUUGGGUGGGCGUGCGCGCGGGACCGCAAGCAGCAGACGGCUAUCAUGGACAUCGACAUUUGCGGGCCCUCGAUUCCGACGAUCUUGGGCCUCGGAAACAACUCGAUCCACGCCUCGGCUUCGGGCUGGUCGCCCGUCUAUGUCAGCGACAACUUUUGUGCAAUGAGCAUCGGCUUCUUGCUUCCCAGCGCCACGAGCGCCGUCAUCUGGAGAGGGCCGAAGAAGAAUGGGCUCAUCAAGCAAUUCCUGCUCGAUGUUGACUGGACCGGCGGGCUCGAAGAGGAGGAGGAGGAAGAGCAACAAAAGCAGGAAGAGAACAAGCAUGGAGAGCAGGUAGAGGGGAAUAGGCAAGGGUCUGUGUUGGACUACAUGCUCAUCGAUACGCCACCGGGCACGUCGGACGAGCACCUCUCCAUCGUUUCUCUUUUGCGCGACUCGGGCGGACUGGACGGCGCGGUGCUCCUGACAACGCCGCAAGAGGUGUCUCUCCAGGACGUCCGCAAGGAGAUUUCCUUCUGCAGAAAGGUCGGCGUCCCAAUUUUGGGCGUCGUCGAGAACAUGGCUGGGUUCGUCUGUCCUGCCUGUCAUGGACGCAGCGACAUCUUUUACCCGAGCACUGGCGGAGCAAAGGCUCUGUGCGAGGAGCUUAACUUGCGCUUCUUGGGAAGCGUCCCACUUGAUCCGAGAAUCGGGAGGUGCUGCGACACGGGCGAGAGCUUUGUCGACGAGUUCCCAGAGAGCCCAGCGAGCGUGGCGUACAUGGACGUCAUCAACCAGAUUAAAGAGAUGUGUCCGUAAAAGCAUUGGGCCGUGUUGCAUUCAAAAUUGUACAAUAGCUAUCAUUCGCCAAUUUCAUGUAGAAGCCAUC